AUGCCAUUGAAAGUUAUUGUUAUUGGAGCUGGGCUUGGCGGUUUGGCCGCUGCCAUUGCUCUUACCCGCGCCGGACACGAUGUUGAGGUCUUCGAGAGUUCCGCAUUCUCCAACGAGGUCGGUGCGGCUAUCCAUAUCGCGCCUAAUGCGAGCCGGAUCCUGAGGAGCUGGGACAUGAGCCUGGACAAGUUGGCCCCGGUCAUCUGCAGGCACUUGAGUGUCUGGAACGCCGACGGAACCUUCAUUGCUACGCCUGCUGUUACAGAAAAGCUCCAGCAGGAGUUGGGCAUCGACGACGACUGGCUGCUUGUACAUCGUGUUGAUCUCCAUCAUGGCCUCAGGGAGCUUGCUGAGCAAGGUUUCGCCGGAAAAACACCGCAGAUCCGCCUAUCAUCCAGAGUGGACCGAGUCGACUCGGAGACGGGUGAGGUUCACCUUGUGAACGGAACCGUCGCCAAGGCGGAUCUUAUCAUCGGUGCCGAUGGCGUACACUCCCGUACAGUGCAAAGUGCAACUGGUAGAGUCCAAAAGAAGAUCAGUACCGGACAGAGCUGUUUCCGAUUUUUGGUCCCAGUCGCUAAAGCAAAUGAGAACCCUUUAACAAAGCAGCUGGUCGAUAGAAUUGGUCUUGAAUCCUUGCAUGCUUUCUGUGCUAGUGAUCGAAGAAUCAUUAUCUAUCCCUGCAGGACUGGAACCAUCCUCAAUGUCGUGGCCUUCCACCCGUCCGGCGAUGAUGAAUCAGUUGGAGAGUCGUCCUGGCUGAACACUGGCAGCCUGGACGAUCUGGUAGCUGUCUACAGCGAUUUCAGCCCUGAGAUUCGGGCACUUUGUUCUCUUGCAGAGGAUCUGAAGCUCUGGAGUCUUGCUUCGCGGGAUCCCCCUCACACCUUUGUUGGCGGUAAGGUGGCACUGAUCGGUGAUGCAGCGCAUCCAAUGCUCCCGCACCAGGGUCAAGGAGCAGCACAAGCAUUUGAGGAUGCUGCUGCACUUGGUGCUUUAUUCCAAUCUAACAUCCCACUGGAAGACAUUAGCCGGAGACUGGCCGUGUACAACGAAGUCAGAUAUAAGAGGGCUGUAACUGUCAUGUUCAUGUCACGGGUAGGAGACGACCACCGAGACGAGGUGAUGAAGGAUUUGCAGAAGCAUAUACCCGAUGCGGUGCUUCCUGAAAAUAUGUGGCUCUACGCCUGGGAUUCCUAUCCCGCUCGAGAUGUCGACCGCCUUAUUGCCAGCAAUGCUGUUUAA